CGUGCUGGAAGCAGCGCGAGAUGACGCUGUUGUCGUUGUGGUUGCGGCCGGCCUUGCGCUGCCGCCUGGCCGAGCUCGCGGCGCCGCGGCUAACGGCCGCCUGCUAUGUCUCCGUGCCGGCCGCUGUGGGCGUCAGGUGUAGCAGCGGCUUGUCGGCGGCUGGCCUGGUCGCAUCGGCGCCGCCGGCGGUGCAGCCUUACCUGAAAUUGAUGCGACUGGACAAACCAAUCGGCACCUGGUUGUUGUAUUUGCCUUGCACCUGGAGUAUCAGUUUAGCCGCAGAACCAGGUUGUUUUCCAGAUCUGCCCAUGCUUGCACUUUUUGGAACAGGGGCAUUAUUGAUGCGAGGAGCUGGUUGUACAAUCAAUGAUAUGUGGGAUAAAGAUAUUGACAGAAAGGUUGCCAGAACUGGAAAUCGGCCUAUAGCUGCUGGAGAAAUCAGUCGUUUACAGGCCCUAGUCUUCUUGAGUGGUCAGCUGGGCUUGGCUCUUGCAGUUCUCUUAUGCUUAAAUAAUUACAGCAUUGUGCUUGGAGCUGCAUCGCUGGGACUGGUGGUCACUUACCCACUAAUGAAGAGACUAACGUACUGGCCACAAUUAAUUCUAGGUCUUGCAUUCAACUGGGGAACACUUUUAGGGUGGUCUGCGGUGAAGGGCUCCUGUGAUUGGUCAAUCUGCCUACCACUUUAUAUUUCUGGUAUCAUGUGGACAUUGAUAUAUGACACUAUUUAUGCACAUCAGGAUAAAACAGACGAUGCUAUAGUAGGAGUGAAAUCAACUGCAUUAAAGUUUCAAGAACAGACCAAACAGUGGCUAAUUGGAUUUAGCACAGCCAUGCUAACGGGAUUGACAGUGGUAGGACUAAACAGUGAACAGACAUUACCCUACUACACUGCUGUGGUGGCUGUUGGCGCUCACCUGGCUCAUCAGAUAUACUCAUUGGACAUAAAUAAUCCUCAAGAUUGUUGGAAGAAAUUCUGUUUGAAUCGCACAUUAGGAUCUAUACUGCUUUCUGGAAUUGUAUUUGGAAACCUGUGGAAAAGAAAGAAGACUACUCACAAAAGUGAAGAGCUGCAGCAUGGGCUAUAAUUAUUGACCAGUUUCUAAAUUAGAAAUCAAAAUAAUGCAAUAAAGCUUAAAGGUACCAUUGUCCAUAUUGUACCUUUAUUGUUAAUAAACAAAUUUUUGUAUUUU